UCUGUCUAACGCUACACCAUCACUCUCCAUCAAUGACAUCUUGCUCCAAGCCGAAUUGUCUCAGCAGCCGGCGCCACGAAGGCGUCGACGGGGAAACGCACAUUCACCGAUGAGGCACACACGACCACCAGCAGCAGGCACCUCGGCUGUGACCAAGUAGAUGCUCCCAGCCAUCACCGCCACAAAUGCGGCGACGGUGUCGUCAGGUCGGCAGCCGCUGACGAAGAUGUGACGAUAUGGGGCCGGAUUAGCGUCAUUCAGGUUCCCUUUAUCGAAGAGAAAGUCCAGUACGAUUCCCUCACCCUCAGGCAGCUGAUAAGGCACCACGUCGAAAGACCAACAGCCGCCAAUCCGAUAGAGUCCGGCGGCCGCCGGACCGGGGGCCACGAACUCCCCCAGUCGCCGUGCCCACUUCACCAGCGCAUAUAGGAUGCCGUUGUCGGCUUGAUCGAACACCAGGCUCCCUCCAAAGCAUCUCAGCUGAUGCUCGAUGGUCUUAUAGAUGGCCACUGUUAGCGACAGCUUGUGGAAGGCCGUCUUGCUGGGCAGAUAAGCCACCGACAGCACCAGAGGCAGCCCAGUGGUGGUCAGCCGAUAGGUCGCGGCCAGGCGGACAAUCGUGCCCAUCACCCGCCACUCGCUUCUGCCCUCCUCCAGCACGUAAACAGCACCGCACCAGGUAGCUAAGGGGGUUGACAGCGACUCUCGGCCUGUCAUCCACUGUGUGGCGCGUGCCGUGAGUCACCUGGCGCAGGCAACACUGGCACCGACAAGGACUUCAGGCCGACAGACAUCAUCAUCAGCAACAGAAGGUGCCGGUGAGUGUGUGGCAGCCGAGGGAGGCGUCGAUGCGUUCUGUAAGGACAGCAGCGGUCACCACAGAGCUGCCCACGGCGCGACAGCUGGUCGGUCCGCAGAGCCACCAAGUCGGUCAGUGCCAGCCGAGGCAAUACACCUCCACGCCACACCUCGGACAGCCAGUGAGUGCGCCAUCGACACCGACAAUACGUCAGAUCUGAGCCAAACAAGCGACAAACACCAUAGAAAGCAUCCGAGGUUUCUUCCCUUCUCAUCUGUGCCGCCGUCUUACCCUUGCCGGCGUCGGUAAUCUCCUCACUACCUCCAACCUUUGAUCUCGCCUCUUUCUGCGCCAUUUUUCGGCGUUUCUCCACAGAGGUGAGUGUGUGGGCGUCUGAAGGAGCAUCUCAGCUGACGAAAUCGGAAAACGAAUUUGCC